CAGAGAAGCAUCUGAUCAGGAUAGACUCCCACCUCUGUGAAUGUAACGCAUGCGCAGUGCGUCGCUGUGAGUCGAACGCAUCGUCGGCUGUGCAGAGUGAAGAAGAGCAGGGAUCGCGCUCCAGCCCGGUAAUGACAGAUGUGAAGGAUGACUUCUUGCUCAGAGAUCUGUGGGUCGGAUUACGCUGAGAAGAGCCAUGGUGCACUCAGCAGCGGUUACCAGGGUUACGGGGUGCGUUCCUACCUGCAUCAGUUUUACGAGGAGUGCACUGCUUCCAUCUGGGAGCGCGAUGAAGAUUUUCAGACACAGAGAUCGCCUAGUCGCUGGAGCUCUGUGCUCUGGAAGGUCUGUCUCGCGCUGGGAUGUCUGAUUCUGGUAGCAGGGUUAUCUGUGCUGCUGGUGGGCUAUGCCACGCCACCUCGGCUCGAGGCAUUUGGAGAAGACGAGCUGCUCUUCGUGGACGGACGCGCAGUGCGUUUUAACCGGGCACUGGACGCCUGUAAGCUGGCUGGAGCCGUGCUCUUCUGUGUGGGCGGCAGUGGGAUGGCAGUGGGGCUGCUGCUGGCUGCCUGCUCUCAGGGCAGCUCGAAGGAAGAGCUCCAUUUACAGCAGCGCUUCAAAGAGCGGCUCGCUGAAAUCCAGGCCUCCGUUCAGCCCGUCACCCGCGCACCCACCCCGGGAGAGGGCAAGGUGCCCGUCACGCUCUCCAAGGUACAGAGCGUCCAACCCGGCGCAGAAACCUGACCUCAGCCCUCGCCACAGUUAAAUGUCAGCAAAUCGAGAUUCCAAUGGUUUCGUGCAAAACAAAACAACAGUUCCAGGAACAGUAGAGAUAGAUAAUACUGCACUUUCUCUGGCGCAUAUCAUUCGUCUAUAUUGACCAAGAGUACAGAGAGUAUUUAUGGAGAUUAACAUAAGCGUACCCUACAGAUCAUCAUGCCACAACACUGGUGCUCCUGAAUAGACAAACAGCACAAAUAUACUUGCGUGCUAUGCUGAUAACAACGGCUAGGAAUCAGAACACCUUUAGGCAGCUGUUCCAAAGAGCAACAUAUUCUUCAGCGGCGUCAAGGCAUGUGCAUAUUAAUACCGAAUAAGUAAGAAUAGUUUCUCCAUUACACUCAAAUCUUGCAAUGAACGCGAAUAAUCCUCGCAGUCUUCGCUACUUCACAGCCUCUUGCUUUAAUCACAAUUUCUAUUGUGAUAUAUGAGAUGGAGCUAGUCAGAGUCACUCAUAAACAAGCAGAAAGAAGGCUGUGCGUCUUACUGGCUAAUUUAUCAUUGCUGCCUUACUAACAUUGUCAACGGAAACUACAAUGAUUUGUUAUUGCUCAUUCAAAAACCUUCACAUUGGUUCAUUGCCGUCAUCUAAGGUGCAAUUUUUCUCCAAAUCUCUCCAAGCGAACGCUUCAUGCUCUAUUGCUACAGUCAAUCAAUAGUUAGUUGACAGAACGCAAUGCGUUCCAGAGAGCUGAAGCCACAAUUUCACAUCAUGCGGCAGCAUCUUAAUACCACGCAUCCGUUCUACUCAAAUACAUCAUUGCUUUUGAUAUCAAGGGGCAAAAAUAGAUUAACGUCAAGAUGCGCCUGUGGGAUUAUGUAAUAUCCUCUCAUUGUGUAGCACAUCAUUCUUGCUUCAGCUUCUGUUUUCUCAAGAGGACAUUAAGCGCCGUCACUGUCUGUAGGUAAUUACACUCAUUGGAGCGGAGCCCAUUAGGACUUUCCAUGUGCUUCUGCUAAUGUUCUAGAGAUAAUGCCACUUUUUCUUUCUGUCUGGUUUUCCUUUUUGUGUUGUUGUUUGGCUUCAUGGCUUCAAAGUUUCAUUUCAAGUGUUUGUGACACUCAUUCCUAAAAACACAAUUAUUUUGUGCAGGUAUUUCAUUUCAUUUCUUUCUUUCUUUUUUUCUUUCGUUUUUUUUUUAUUUUUUAUAUAUUAUUCACUUUGAUUAAACAUUGUAAACUACUUUCAAGUAGGUUGAUAAGAAUGAAAACCAUAGCCGCUUCUGUGAGUGUAAUCUUUUGUGUUAUUUAUUGAUUAUGAAUUAUCGUUGAACAUAUUGCAUAUACAUUCAGAAAUUUGAAAAUGACAAGGCUUGCUAAUGAACUCAAACCAAUCACAGGAUAUUUAAAAAUCUAAUCUCUGAGACAGGCCUAAAUGAAGUUGAAAUAUAACAUUUAUAAUUUAAGCUGCUUCAAGAAUUGAUACUUGUUUAAAAUGACAUACUGUAUGUGACAUUGUGACUUUGCAGAAACUAUCAAAGCUUCUGGUUUGGUUUGUGCCAUCUUCUUUUGGGAAGGAGAAGGUAUUGGAGCUGUUCUUACUCUUGGAACCUGUCUAUUUUUCAGCAAACAGAAUAAAAAUAACUGUUUGUUACCGUCAA